AAGCGCCAGCGCGAACGGUGUCGUUAUCGCUACUCCGCUGGUCUUACUUUUCCUUACCUUUUCUACUUCUGAAAAUCUGACACUUUUACCAUCAAUUAAGUUUCGGCGAGUUAUCCUCGCCAAUGGAAACUAUUGAGAAGUGACUUAUAGACAGUUUUGAAUACAUAUGGAAGAAAUGGAGAGGAUACCAAAGCCUCGGCUGUCAGUUCAAUCUGAACAGCCAACUUCUACUGAAAACAUGUCUGUUCGACCGUCCAUACAAGUGUGCAUCAUCGGGGCAGGGCUGGCGGGGCUUAGUGCUGCAGAAGCCCUGAUAUUACGCAGCAAGGAAUGUGAUGGAGUUGACAUCGGAGUGACUGUUUUAGAAGCGAUGGGUCGACCCGGUGGACGCGCUGUUACACUUAAAUUAGGUGAUAAGUUAGUAGAAGGUGGUGCCCAGUUUAUCCAUGGAUGUGAGGGCAACCCUGUGUACCACCGUGCCAGACAACACAAGCUGAAACUCAGCAAUUAUGACCCUCGCCAUUGCACCUACAACAUCAGCCAACGUAGUGGCAAACGGGUCCCGGAGAGCAUCUUCUCUGAGGUUGCUGAGAUAUACGAUGCGAUCCUCCUCAAGACCCAGGCUGGGAUGUACCGGGAGGAGCGCAAGGGGUGCGGGGAUAAGACCGUGGGAGAAUUCAUGAAGCGUUACUUUGAGAAGUACUUCGCAAGGUCGGCCGGUAGCCCCCAGGAGAAGGAGAUCAAGGCGAAUGUCUUCAGGCUUCAGGUGAUCAAUGAAUGUUGCUACAGCGCCUGUAACCACCUCAACGAUCUCAUGCUGCAGGACUUUGGGGAGUACAAGGAGAUCCUGGGCAAUGUCACGUUUGCUGAUGGUUACAACCAGUUUGUGGAGACAUUUCUGAAGAAUAUCCCUUCUGAGAGUUUGGUAUACAAUAAACCGGUGGAGCAGAUUACCUGGAGAAAUGUCAGGAAUGAUGAACUUGAAGGAAAAUCAAUGACCAUAACCUGUAAAGAUGGAGACCAGUUUGAGGCAGACUAUGUCAUUGUCACCACUUCACUGGGGUACCUCAAGGAACACGCUGUCACCAUGUUUAAUCCCCCACUUCCAACCCCCAAGCUGGACCUGAUCUCUCGGAUGGGGUUUGGUACUGCAGGGAAGAUCUGGCUGGAAUAUGAGACACCUUUCUGGUCAGAGAACUGGGGAGGGAUCUAUCUGGUGUGGGACGCCAAGCCCAGUGAUGUCAUGAUGGAUGAGUUCAAGGAGGAUGAAUGGUACAAGUACUUUUACACCAUUCAACGGAUUCCUGAUCGAUCCAAUCUCCUUAAGGUGUGGACAUUUGGUAAAUCAGCUGAAUACAUUGAGACGCUGGAUAAUGAUAUCAUAGCAAAGACAUUAACAGAUGUUCUGCGGGAGUUUCUGAAAAACCCUACCAUACCACUCCCAGUUCACGUCUACAAGACAGGGUGGUUCAACAAUCCCUAUGUCAGGGGGGCAUACUCCUAUGUUGCAGCUGGAUCCAGUGGUGCUGAUAUUGAUGCUUUAGCUGAACCCGUGUGCAUUCCUGGGAAGAAUGGCCUUGAUCGGCCUGCUAUCUGCUUUGCUGGAGAGGCAACCCAUCGUACCUUCUACUCCACUACCCAUGGUGCAAUGCUGUCCGGGCAGCGUGAGGCAGAGCGUAUUAUCAGCGAUGUCGAGCUCUGCGCUUCAUCCAAGCCUGUGAUGUAUGAUAAUGAUGAGAACAUACCUAAGAAAGUCUCCAUCGAUGUGAAUGAUAUGAUGGAAAACCUGGCUGCAUUUUGAAUUAUACCACAUUCUCGUCUUUCAGACCUUCUUACACAAAGCUUAGCGAUUGAUCAUACAGUUGGAUUGUAAGAUUGAUUGCAUAUGAUGAUCAAUGUAAUCAUUCUUGAUAAGAUUAAGCCCUAUAAUUAAUACUAAGUUUUGUGUCACAGGGUCUAUAUAUAGAUAGAAAGGACAUGUAUUCUAAUUUUUUUCAUUAACACAUUAACAGUAUUAAAGAUUAUAUAUGUUUGAUUUUUUUUAAGAAUAAUCUUGAAAGAUAUAAGAUGUAAAUAUAAUUG